GUGAGCCUGGCUGGCUUGUCCCGGGGGUGUUCACACCGGCUGGUCCGCUGGGUGUGUCUGAAGCGGCCGGGGCAGAUUCCUGAUCUCGGAGUGUUCACCCCGAGAUGCCCGACCUCCAUUGGUCGUUCGGUCCAAGUCUACGCUCAUUGGUAGAGCGGAGAAGCGAGGCGAGAACAAGUUGGAGCGGGGAGUGACCGGGUGAGUCUGAGUGGCGACGAUGGGAAGCAAGGACGACGAGUAUGACUACCUGUUCAAGGUGGUGCUGAUCGGCGAUUCCGGGGUAGGGAAGAGCAACCUGCUGUCCCGCUUCACACGCAACGAGUUCAGCCUGGAGACCAAGAGCACCAUCGGUGUGGAGUUCGCCACCCGCAGCGUCCAGCUCCAAAACCGGAUCAUCAAGGCCCAGAUCUGGGACACAGCAGGGCAGGAGCGGUACCGGGCCAUCACCUCAGCAUAUUACCGGGGGGCAGUGGGGGCGCUCCUAGUGUACGAUAUUGCCAAGCACCUGACGUACGAGAACAUGGAGCGGUGGCUGUGGGAGCUGCGAGACCACGCCGACCCCAGCAUCGUGGUCAUGAUGGUGGGCAACAAGAGUGACCUGAGGCACAUGCGGGCAGUGCCUACCGAAGAGGCCAGGGCCUUUGCAGAGAAGAGUAGCGUGCUGUUCAUCGAGACCUCGGCCCUGGAUUCCACCAACGUGGAGAUAGCCUUCCACACCCUCCUCAACGAAAUCUACCAGAUCAUGUCUCAGCGCCAGUUCGCUGCGGACCCAGAAGAAUGGGAGUUGGGUCCCGGCCGGGACAUCGUGUCCAUCUCCCCACCCCCUGCGGACAAGGGGCGCAGAGUCCAAUGCUGCCAGGACAUGUAGAUCAGGGCCCUCUGCCAAUCGUUCCGUCCCCUCCCUGCCUGUUCACCCCCACCUGUCUGCACCACUGUACCACUGAGGCUAGGGAAGGACAUAUGAUUCCAGUCGAAGACCAGGUUGGGAUGGGGGUUACCAUGGAAACUGGACAACUUUAACCCCGGGCACGUUUCCUUGAGCUGGUCAUGGCAGGAGGACCCACUGAGACCACAAGUUUACUUCUCAUCUUCUACCAUUCCCCCCCCACCCUCCACCCCACCCACCCUUCUUUCUGCCUUGGAUAUCUUUUUUGCCUCUCUGCCUUUUCCUUUUCCUCCCUCCCUCUCAACUCUCUCUACCUGUACCUACAUGCCUCCACUGCUCUCUCCCCCCUCUCCCCUCUCUCCCCCCUCCUCUCUCCCCCCUCCUCUCUCCCCCCUCCUCUCUCCCCCCUCCUCUCUCCCCCUCCUCUCUCCCCCCUCCUCUCUCCCCCCCC